CACCGAGACUCUCCACGAGUUGUGAUUGGCCGCCCACCGUCCGAGCCUUUGUUUUGGGGCAGGGCACGAGACGACGCGGAGGAGUGGAGUUGUAAACUAAAGCGCGUGCACUUUUCAGCACCAACACCGCGUGGAUAGCAGCCAAACGGACCAGAAAGAUAGUUGUUGCAUCAGUUAGCUUGUUUCAGUUUCGCUGAUUUUGAUAGUCGCUGUUACGUUGAAAGAGAAACUUUUUUUUUUUUCUUCUGUAGCGGUUUCGACUCCUCCGCCGGGAACCCGAAGCGGCGAGGCUCUAGCUUUGUUUGCCUCGGUGGCAGGAAAGCUGCGUCUCGGUUGAAAAGGGAGGCGAAAACACCCUCGUUUUCUUUCGUCUCUUGUCUCGAACUACUUUCUUUCUCUUUUCUCUCUCGCUCUCUUGGAGUUCGACGAUCCAAUCCACGACCAGACUAAAUGGCCGGAAGCAACGGAAAACAAAGGUGAUAUACUGAACAGUUUUCACCCGAGCCGGUUCGGUCCAGACAGCGGUUGAGCAAGUGGUCUUGUUUUUAAGCCACAUUUUCAGCCAGCUCUCGCCGCUCGCCUCCAUUGUGAGAGCAUCUCUGCCGCCCGGAUCCCGCGCUCCCACCACACACCUGCCUGCCAACCCCCCACCACCACCUCUCUCCACUCCACGGCGUAUUUUUCAGCUGUUUCGCUAGCAAAUCCACACUACAAACAAUGUGCUCUCGGGUUUGGUUCGUGACCGACCGGCGUAUCAGCCAGGAGUACCCUCAGGUCCAGAUCCAUCGGGCUCUGAAGGAGCGCUGCGCCGACGAGGAUGUUGAAUUCCGCUACCUUCUCAUGGAUCAGAUCGUGCUGACGAUCAGCCAAGGGCAGCUAGGUCUGCGGGUGGAGCAGGAAUUGGUGACAUCUUAUCCUCAGGUGGUGUUAGUGCGAGUCCCCACGCCCUGGGUGCAGUCGGACAGUGACAUUACCGUGCUGCGCCACCUGGAGAAGAUGGGCUGCCGGCUGAUCAACCGGCCCCAGGCCAUACUCAACUGUGUCAACAAAUUCUGGACAUUUCAGGAACUGGCUGGCCAUGGGGUCCCUCUUCCUGACACCUACUCUUACGGGGGCCACGACAACUUCCGUAAGAUGAUCGAUGAGGCAGAGCCGCUGGGAUACCCGGUGGUGGUGAAGAACGCACGUGGCCACAGAGGCAAGGCUGUGUUCCUGGCGCGCGACAAACACCACCUGACGGAUCUGUGUCACUUGAUCCGCCAUGAUACCCCCUACCUGUUUCAGGAGUAUGUGAAGGAGUCUCACGGCCGUGACGUGCGGGUGGUGCUGGUGGGCGGCCGUGUUGUUGGCUCCAUGCUACGCUGCUCCACCGACGGACGCAUGCAGAGCAACUGCUCCCUGGGUGGUGUGGGGAUGAUGUGCCCCCUGAGCGAGCAGGGCAAGCAGCUGGCCAUCGAGGUGUCAAACAUCCUGGGCAUGGACGUGUGCGGCGUCGACCUCCUCCAGCUCAACGACGGCUCGUUUGUGGUCUGCGAGGCCAACGCCAACGUGGGCUUCAUCGCCUUCGACCAGGCCUGCGGGAUCGACGUGGCGGGGAUUAUCGCUGACUUUGCCCUCUCCACGCUUCCUAGCCGCCUGACUCGGAAGAUGUCCCUGCUGUCCGUCGUGUCCAGCACCAGCGAGACUAGCAGCGAGCCCGAGGUGUGUAUGGUGAACGCGGGCGGAGGCUCCCUGCCGGAGGCCGUCUGCAACAUGAGCGUGGGCUCGUCUUCCAGCGAAAGCGACCCCGAGCUGGCCGAGCCCUCGCAGUCGUCGCCUCGCCGCUCGCCAGCCUCCGCCCUGUCCGAUCUCCCCAACCUCCCCGACGCAGCGUACAACUUCAACAACCUCCUGGCCAAUGAGAUCAAGCUAUUGACUGAGUGAGAAUCGAACAAAUUCGCAUACACCCCACAGUCACACACGUACAGUACAUACACUUAUACAAACAUUCAUUUAAAAUAAAGAAGAAAAAAACAACACACAUAUCACUCUCAAAUAGAUGUUCAUAACAUAAAAACAGCUGAGAGAAACCGAUCACACAUUCUGACACAGCAGAGACAAACAUCUAAACUGGAGCCAUCUCCUUUUGAGCAAAAAGAUCUAUGGCUGCUCCCCUGACUCUCCUUUCUUUGCAUUUUUUCAAAUCCCACAGAGGCAUGUAAAAUAAGUGUAUGGUGUCAACUUAUCACAAAGGCAUACAGCAUAUGAGAUGCCAAAACCGGCCUCUUCUGGUGUAUAUUUGUUUUUAUGUUGAGAUGGGUGAAGAAUUUUAUUAAAUGCCAUGUUUUUAACCCUCUUCAAAAUGCAAAAAAAAAAAAAAAUGCAAAUAAAGGUUGUAAUGGUGUGGCAAGGUUUGGUCGAUGGCGGGCAAAAUGAAGUAUUUUUAGGUUGAAUGUACCCUCACGCUAGGCAUAUCGUUCCUAUUUAGCAGUGAAGCGCUCCUGAAAAUGACAGAUAACAAGACGGAGACCAAACUGCAGGUGUGCAAACUUUUAUGUCAGAAAGUACUCAUCCUGUUCUGCUAAAACUCAUACAUCGAGAUGAUUUCACAGCAUUUUUCAGUUUACAUUUUAGAUUAUUUGUUGUAUUACCAGCAGCAGCUAUCUGCUUUUUUAAAAUAAUAAUAAUAAUACAAAAAAACCCACGAAAUGCCUAGCACUUUAUUAAAACAGCUUUGUCUUUUUCUUUCUUAGAUGACAUUUUUAGGAAGGAUGAAAGCAUAUUUAAAUCGUGUCAUCACCUGAAAGCAAAAUAUACCUCAGAGCAGAGAUGUCUCACUGCCGUAGGACAUCAUAGACACAUACAGUACAUAUCAGCUUAGGCCCUAACACCGUACAGACCUGGUGUUCCUUCCUUUCAUGUCUAGGACCUAAAAUAUAACUGUGUGUUAAGUUUAUGUUAUGUUAGAUUUUUUUUUUUUUUUUGUAAAUAUUAGUGAUACCGAAAUUUAACUACAUGGCUUAUUAGUAUGCAGCUGAUGAAACUGGAACAGCCGGACAGAGAAAAAAACGUUGCUAGUUUUUAUUUAUUUAAUUUUUUAUUUUAUAAGUUACUGUGGACAAACUACAUUGUACAGACCUGUGGCUUUAAAAGGCUCCAAAGCUGCAAUUUGGUGCUAACAGCCGUGGAUCCAGUUAGUUCACAGUCAUGUUAACUCUAGAUUUGUAUUGUUUUCAAAAAUCCUCUGUAAGUUGUUGAAGAAAAUCAACCCACCUUGUAAAGAAAAAGGGAAAAAAAUUAAAUAUAUUUUUAAAAUAGCCCCCCGUCCCCCUUGUAGAGUAAAGAAAAAUCCAGGGAUUUCAGUAACCAAAACUUUAUAAUUUGCAGCUUUUGUUCCUUUGGCUUUACCUUCUGUGUACCUUAUAGGAGAGGAAUAAGGUAGGAAACAGUAUUGUCCAUUACUUGGGAAUGUUAUCAGGCCAACUUUGAUCAAAAGCACAAAUAAAAAUCCCGAAUCGUCCACAUAGUCGACUUUUUAGGCUUGCAACCCUUUCUGUUGAACACAACUCAGGGAAGCAGCCUGGAUCUCAGUCCUGACCCUUCCACAAAGGUAUGGAAUAUCCAUCCAAGCUUAAAACAUGUCAUAAACAUAACACAUACUUACACGUAGACCAAAACAACAAGAAAAAAAAUAAAACAACAACAAUGAAAAAAGGUUGAAAACUACAGUAUGACGUGGUGUAUACCAUGGUUAACAUUCACUUUUUUCCUUGCUUGUUUCAUAAUUGUUCCAUGUUUUCUUCCUAAUUUAUGGGAUUUUUGAAGAAAAAAAGUGGUUUGUGUGCACUAAUAUUGUCUCAAUAAAGUGAAACCUCUGUGAAGCUUGUUUUUUUUCCCCCCAUUUUCCUUUGUCGUGGGCCAAACUUUCCUGUCUGGGGUCAAACAUCGUCCUGGUGGCGGGUUCGGCAUGGUAACCGGGAGUUCGGGGGGGAGGGGUGGAGAAAGGGCAGCUUUUAUUUUGAUCUCUUGUGUCAGGUGAUCGCAGUGGCUCCACACCGUUUACAACACUACUGUGAUGUUGUUUGGUAUCUAUAUGAUGAAAACGAUCAAAAGCUGUGAAAUCUGUUCAUGUCUACAUUGGUAACACGCGAGGACAGUGAGCGUGGCCGACAACAUCCUGAACACUUCGCUGGGUGAACUGUAACAUUCCCUGUCUUGUCUUUGACUCUGCAUUAAAGCUUGUAUUUGUACAUCUUGUACAUCAGUGAAGAUCCCAGGCAUAAAUAGCCAUCGACAGGAAAGAAACACUUGUUCGUCUCACGCAGAUCCUGUUGUGCGAUAAUUAAUUUAAAUCAUGACAGAACACAUCUCGUCAACGUUACCCUGGUAGCUCCGAUGGUGCAGUCAGAAUGUCUUAACUCUGAUUUUCAGGGUGAAAGCUGAAUCAUAAGCUGUUUUCAGUUAUGCCUGGUCUUUAUUGGUCAGCUGCCAUGAUGAAGAGGAUAGCUACUGAAGAAAUACAGUAAAUAAGACAAAUGUCAGAAGUAAAUUCUGUGGACGGUCUGGAACGAGCUUGUAUGACUGGGUGGGAAGCUGUGAACUACUGUUUAAAAAGGUUACUAUUACAUUUCCAAUUCUAUCCUUAAUAACUAUUUGCUCGUGAAACUAAAAAGGGAAAUUAGAAUUAUUCAAGUUUUUGUUUGAACAAAAAUGUAAAUGCCAAAAACAGUAACCUUUUUUUUUGUAGGUCAGUACAGUUAACAC